AUGGCAGCUUCAUCAUCAUCAUCUUUCUUUUCUGAUUUUGGGCUACUGUUGUAUUUGGAGGAGUUGGACAAAGAGGAGUUUAAUAAAUUUAAGUUACUCCUAAAGAAUGAGACCAUAGAACCUGGGCAUCGCCAGAUACCCUGGACUGAAGUGAAGAAGGCCAAGAGGGAGGAUCUAGCUAACCUGAUGAACGAGUAUUAUCCAGGAGAGCAGGCCUGGAGUGUGGCUCUCAAAAUACUCAGCAAGAUGAACCUGAAGGAUCUGUGUGAGAAAGCAAAAGCAGAGAUCAGCUUGGCAGCCCAGACCAUGGGACCAGAGGACAAGGCCAGAGAGGACCAGGGAGUUCAGGAGCCAGUGCUAGGUGAUGGAACACAAUACAGAAUUCACAUAAAAGAAAAGUUUUGCACCAUUAGGGACAAGAACCGUUUGCUUGGAGAACCUGAAGAUUUACGUCAUGAAAUUACUCAGGAAGAUCGAGAACUGUUGGAACAUUUGUUUGAUGUGGACGUCCAAACUGGUGAGCAGCCACGGACAGUGGUGCUGCAGGGGCCUGCUGGCGUUGGGAAAACCACCUUGGUGAGAAAGGCAAUGUUAGAUUGGGCAGAGGGUAAUCUCUAUCAGCAGAAGUUUACGUAUGUUUUCUAUUUCAAUGCAAGAGAAAUUAACCAACUGAAAGAGAGGAGCUUUGCUCAACUUGUAUCAAGGGACUUGCCUAGCACAGAAGACCCCAUUGAAAGGAUCAUGUCCCAGCCAGGUAGUCUUCUUUUUAUUAUUGAUAGUUUUGAUGAACUGAACUUUGCUUUUGAGGAACCUGAGUUUGCACUGAGCAGUAACAGGACCCAGGAACACCCAGUGUCCUUCCUCAUGAGUAGUUUACUGAGGAAAGUGAUGCUCCCUGAAUGCUUCUUAUUGGUAACAACGAGACUCACAGCCUGUAAGAAACUAAAACCUUUGUUGAAGAGUCACCGUUAUAUAGAGCUAGUAGGAAUGUCUGAAGAUGCAAGAAAGGAGUAUAUUUACCAGUUUUUUGAAUAUAAGAAUUGUGCUGUACAAGCAUUCAGUUCACUAAGAAACAAUGAGAUACUUUUCAACAUGUGCCAAGUCCCCCUAGUAUGCCGGAUCAUUUGUACUUGUCUGAAGCAGCAAAUGGAGAAGGGAGCUGAUGUCAACUUGACCUGCCAAACUACCACAUCUCUAUUUAAAUGCUAUAUCUCUAGCUUAUUCACACCUGUAGAUAAAAGCUGUCCCAGUCUACCCAACCAAAUCCAACUGAAGAAUCUGUGCUACUUAGCUGCCAAGGGAAUAUGGACUAUGACAUAUGUAUUUUACAAAGAGAAUCUCAGAAAGCAUGGAUUAAAUAAAUCAGAUGUCUCAAUUUUCCUGGACAUGAAUAUUCUUCAAAAGGAUUUAGAGUAUGAAAAUUGCUACGUGUUCACUUACCUGCAUGUUCAGGAGUUUUUUGCAGCUAUGUUCUAUAUAUUGAAAGGCAAGUGGGAAACCAGGGGCUAUUCCCACCAGCCUUUUGAAGACUUGAAGGUGUUACUUGAAAGCAGAGCUUAUGAAGACACUCAUUUGAUGCAGAUGAAAUGUUUUUUGUUUGGCCUUUUGAAUGAAGAUAGAGUAAAACAACUGGAGAAAAGUUUGUAUUGUAAAAUAUCAUGGGAGCUGAAAUGGGAGUUACUUCAGUGGAUAGAAACAUUAGGAAACAAUGAAUGUUCUCUAUCACAGUUGAGAUUUCUGGAAUUGUUUCACUAUCUGUAUGAAACUCAGGAUGAAUCAUUCAUAAACCAGGCAAUGAGCUAUUUCCAAAAGGUUGUCAUUAAUAUUUGUGGGAAGAUCCAUUUGCUUCUGUCUUCAUUCUGCCUUAAGCACUGCCAAUGUUUAUGGACCAUUAAACUGUCUGUAACUGUAUUAUUUGAGAAGAUGUUAAACUCCAGGCCCCCAGCUGAAACUUGGUAAGAUCAUGAUCACAUUAUUCAUUGCUGGCAAGACCUCUGUUCUGUGCUUCAUACAAAUGAAUACUUGAGAGAAUUGGACCUAUUUGAUAGCAACCUUGAUGAAGUAGCAACAAAGAUUCUUUAUCAAGAACUAAGGCACCCAAAUUGUAAACUACAAAAACUACUGUUGAGAUUUGUUUCUUUCCCUGAUGAUUGGAAGGGUAUCUUUGGUUCUUUGACUCAGAACCAGAAUCUGAUACACCUGGACCUGAAAGGGAGUGAUAUAGGGGAUAAUGGAGUAAAGUCAUUAUGUGAAGCCUUAAAAUGCCCAGAGUGUAAAAUACAGAAUCUGAGUCUGGAAAGGUGUGGCCUCACAGUGGCUGGUUGUGAGGAUCUGUCUUCUGCUCUCAUCGGCAAUGAAAGGCUGAAACAUUUAUCCUUGGCAGACAACACCUUGGGUGACGGUGGAGUAAAGCUUAUUAGUGAUGCCUUGAAACAUCCACAGUGUACUUUACAGAGCCUUGUGCAUCAGUUCUUCUUGUUGGCUUGUUCACUUCACUUAGCAGUGCAUAUCUCAACUUUUCUUCUACUCAGCAGGAGCCUGAGACAUGUGGAUCUGGGAUCAAUUUGUUUAAAAGAUAAUUGAGUAAAGCUGCUGUGUGAUGUCUUUUUGCAUCCAAGUUGUAAUCUUCAGGAGUUAGAAUUGAUGGGCUGUGUUCUCACCAGUGCCUGUUGCUUAGAUCUAGCUUCUGCUCUUCUGAACAACUCAAACUUGGGGAUGCUGGACCUUGGAAACAAUGAUUUACAGGAUGAUGGAGUGAAAAUUCUGUGUGAGGCUUUGAGCCAUCCAAGCUGCAACAUUCAGAGACUUGGGUUGGAAUACUGUGGUUUGACCUCCCUCUGUUGUCAGGAUCUCUCCUCUACUCUUAGCAUCAACCAAAGACUGAUAAAAAUAAAUCUGACACGGAAUAAUUUAGGGUUUGAAGGAAUUAAAAAGUUGUGUGAAGUCUUACAGUCACCUGGAUGUAAGCUACAAAUUCUAGGGUUGUGCAAAGAGACAUUUGAUGAGGAAGCCCAGAAACUUCUGGAGGCUCUGGGAGUUAGCAAUCCACACCUAAUCAUUAAGCCCAUCCGUAAAGACCAGAAUGAAGAAGAUGGGUCCUGGUGGCAGCAUUUCUGA